AUGAAACAAGAUGAACAUUAUAAUCUUCAUAGUACACCACAAUUGACUGCUAUAAAAAAAUCAUUUACUUACAUUCAAAAAGCUGUUGAAGAACACAAAGCCAGUGUUAGUCUUACAGACAUCUUCUUCAUUGUCGAUUACGGUUGUGCACAUGGAGCAAACUCGCUGGUGGCUAUUCAAGCAAUUGUCGAAGCAGUACAACAGAAAUAUGGAACAGCUAUAUUAAAUCAAAUCUGUAUCGUCUUUAAUGAUCUACUGACAAAUGACUGGUCAACAUUAAUGAAAACUGUUUCAAGAUCAUCUUUCAUCAGUUUGGCAUCAGGCAAAUCAUUCUACGAACAGAUGCUGCCAUCAAACACAGUUCAGUUUGGAUAUACAUCAACAGCAACACAUUGGCUUUCAAAGAAACCAUGUAAUCUUCGUCGACAUUGUUUCGUUUUAGCUGGACAAUCAACAGCUGAAGAAAUAACAAUGUGGAAAGCACAAGCAGCUGAAGAUUAUAAACUGUUUUUACAACAUCGAUCGAAUGAAUUGAAGAAAGGUGCUAUUCUUGUAUGUGUCACACUCAGUCGUGAUAGUUCAAAUGAUACUGGCAAUCUACCAAUAUAUCAUAGUCUUUAUCGAUCAGCUAAGACUGUUCUCGCCGAUGAUGAAUUAUUAAAUUAUAACAUACAAGAUUAUUAUCGUAGUUUAGAAGAACAAACUGAUCCUGCUCUGCUCAGUGAACUCAAUUUUGAAUUGAUCUGUGCUGAUUUAUACUUAUUACAACAUCCAAUAUAUGAAGAUUAUUGCCUGAAGAAUAUUGAUUUUCAGGAAUUUAUUGAGAAAUAUACAGAAUUCGUACGUAGUUGGUCAGAAUCGACUUUGAUCAGUUGUUUGAGGAAAGAUCGAACGGAAGAAGAACAAACAAAAAUCAUUGAAAAUUUUUGGAAUGAAUUUCGAAAUGAAAUUCAACAUCAAGGAGCAGAAAACUUCAAAAAAAAUCCGUAUCGAUCCUACAUUGUAUUGCGAAAGUUUUAA